AGCCAGGUCUCCCCUAUAGAGAGCUGCCAGAAUCGUUAAUGUCCAGUGUGUAUGGAAAGAGAGAAGCAUGUUGGUAUAAUAUACAGGCAAAGUGCUAGUAUGGAUGAGGCCUAAAUUGCAGCUCAGGUGUUCAGUGUGAUCUUUUUGCUCCUCCCCCAUGCUGGAUGAAAAUGUUGUUGGCUGAACCCUUUUCCCUUCUCUGUCCCUUUCAGCGUUUUGCAAUGGCUGAGGGUUUGCGAGUAGCGGCUGCCGGCCAAGCCAAGAGACUACAGAACAGCAGCACCAACAGUGAGGAGAUUGAAAAGCAAGAGGAAAAUGGACAUCAGGCCAAAAGAUUCAAGAGAGACCAGGAGGAUGUGGAAGACCAGAAUAAGAAGCUUCCCAAAAGGAAGAUUGUCCUGUUGAUAGCGUAUUCUGGGAAAGGCUACCAUGGGAUGCAACGAAAUAUGGGAUCCCCUCAGUUCAAGACGAUUGAAGAUGACUUGGUGUCUGCCCUUGUUCAGGCUGGCUGCAUCCCAGAAAACCACGGGGAAGAUAUGAAAAAGAUGUCCUUCCAGAGAUGUGCACGAACAGACAAGGGUGUGUCUGCAGCUGGACAGAUAGUGUCACUGAAGGUCUGGCUGACGGACAGCAUUUUAGAAAAGAUCAAUAACCAUCUCCCUUCAGAUAUCAGAGUUCUGGGACUGAAAAGAGUCACCGGGGGAUUCAACUCUAAGAACAAAUGUGAUGCCCGGACCUACUCCUACAUGCUACCAACAUUUGCCUUUGCCCAAAAGGACCUUGAUCCCCAAGAUGAAACCUACCGACUGAGCCAAGAGACUCUGGAGAAAGUCAACAGACUUCUUGCUUGCUACAAAGGAACUCAUAACUUCCACAACUUCACCUCUCAGAAAGGGGCCAAGGACCCCAGUGCCAAGCGGUACAUCAUGGAGAUGUACUGUGAGGAGCCUUUUGUGAGAGAAGGCAUGGAAUUUGCAGUGAUAAAGGUGAAAGGCCAGAGUUUCAUGAUGCACCAGAUAAGGAAAAUGAUUGGUCUGGUGAUUGCAGUAGUGAAAGGCUACACGGCUGAGUCUAUCAUGGAGCGCAGCUGGGGAGAGGAGAAGGUGGAUGUCCCCAAAGCACCGGGGCUUGGUCUGGUUUUGGAAAGGGUGCACUUUGAAAAGUACAACAAGCGCUUUGGAAAUGACGGGCUGCAUGAGCCUCUGGAAUGGGUAGAGGAGGAGGAGAAGAUUGCUGCUUUCAAAGAGGAACAUAUCUAUCCAACAAUUAUAAACACGGAACAGGAGGAAAAGUCCAUGGUGAACUGGAUGAAUACCCUCUCCAUCCAUGACUUCGAUUCCACUGCUACAGAGGUGCAAGCCAAUGACGGGAACUCCAAGAACAACAAUGAACUUGAUGGGAGCGAUGGUUGCGACGAUGACUCCGACUGAGUCCGUAAAUGACUGGAACCAGGACCUUUACCACUUACAGUUCAGUUUGCAUAGAACAAAGUGGCCUUUCUUAAUCCAAGGAUCCAAGUUCGCUUAUGUGCUGAGCAGAGGAAUUGCUUAUGACCAAAAGGAACUGAGCUGGAAAAGCAAUGCAAAGUGACAACAAAACCGACAAUUUACAGGACUAACCAAUGCAUUUGAAUUGGAAUACUUGAAAACUAAUCACUGAAAAGAAAAUGUGCUUCAGAAGGGAACUUCCUGGUGCAGGCGGAGUUCUUUUCCUUGCCAUUUGAAUUGUUUUUAUUACAGUAAAAGUGCUUACUUGAAAAAUACAGUUAUUUAAAUAUGUACAAUCUUUACAGGGGGAAAUAUAAAAAAAAAAAACAACAGCUUUUUCUCAUUUUUAUUUUAUGGAUUAAAGACCUCCCUGAACUAGCUUUUUGAAAACCUUUCUUUUGUAGAACAUUCCCAUCUGCAGCUGAAACAAUUUCUAAAUGUUGUCAGAAUCUUAUUUUAUCCUGUGUAUGAUAUGUCACUUCCACACAGAAUCCUUUGUGUUUGGCCUGAGAUCUCCUGUCUUACAGAUGGCCCUGAUUUCUCUCACCAAUGAAAGUCAAACUUUCUUUGCUCUCUUAACCUUUGCAAGCUUAAGAAACUGGUCAUAACAUUAGUGGAGGCCAGCCUUUUUGGCAGGUGUGCCACAAAUUAUACCCAGACCCUUCCCAAGUGCCACUCUGAUUCUUUUCCCCUGCCUGUGCUGUUGCUUCGCUUUCUGGUUCCUGCUUGAUAUGCCACUGUGCCAUGUGUCCCCUCCCAACUCUGCUGUAUGCCACACAGGCUGCCUAUGCCAUUUGUGGCAUGCAUGUCACGGGAUGUCUACCCCUGCCUUGGGUAAGUAGGACUCCUUGAUUUGGAAAUGUGGCCUGAUAUGUACUAGGAGAUGAGAUGGAUCUUUUAUUUUGGCAAUGUCCUUGUUAGUGUUACGUCAUCCCAGUGUGUCCUUAUCCUUGGACAGUCCCAAAAUAUAGAUUUACAGCUGUCUGCAUGUACUGAGUGUCUCCAGCCUAAGCUAUUAUUUCAUAAGUACAUUGGCUGAGGCUUAUACAGCACUUGGGUCACACAAAGCCCUGGGGAAAUGCUCGAAUCAGAAACCCCAAGUGUGCAACCUUGAAAAGGGCUUGGCACUGCAUCUGGUAGAUCAACAAGUGCUUUGCUGUAGUAUUGAUCUUUUUAGAGGUAGUGAGGUACCUGCAUGUCACGGGGUUUUUUUGGUUUAAAUCAGUGUGUGCGUGUAAAAUGGAAGGGCCAAGUUUUCAGUAGGUUUCAAGGCCUAAUGCUUGCAUGUGCAAAUCCUCAUUCCAUCUCUCCCUGCAGAAUAGGGCACUGCAUGGCAUUGAUAUGUGCUGCCAAGAUGGUGUACAAACUAGGCAUACAGCUUUGGAUGUGGUAGUUGAAAAUUGGGCCCAAACUCUGUAGAGAAUACACUCCUACUUUUGGGAGGCUAGAGGGGUAAGUAUGUGACAUGUCCAGGAGGCCCUUUGUUCUGUAUGUGGAAGGUGUGAAGGACUCUUCCUUUGGGAAGUAAAUAUGCUUUCUCUGGGGCAUGUGAAGCUGCUCAGGUGGUCUUCUCCGUCUGAACUUAAUUGUGGCUUAAUUAAGUCUAGUUAAUUAGCUAUCUAGUUCCCUUUGGGGCAUGGGAGGGAGGAGCAGAGGUGCAAGCAUCCUGCAAACCCUGUCCAGCAAGGGUGGGGCAGGUGUCUGAAAGCAGCUCUUGCCUCUCGGAAGGUGCCGGGAGUAGGAUGUGUAGGAACCCGGCAGAUUUAGUACAUUCCUGUUGAGCUGGGCUUGAUAGGAUACUUAUUUCUUUGUGGGACAGGAAUUAAAGCCGCCUUUCUAGGAAGAAACUUGAGGCAGAGGUUGUAAGUUCUUAUUGGCCCCGUGACCCCAGCGUGUUUGCACAAACUGCAGCCUUCCUACUCCUGGGUUUAUGAAUCAAGGCUGUGGUCUCCCUCAGAUCCAGUAUUAUUUCCUCUUUGAAGUCUAAUCUGUUCUAUUCUAUGAAAUGUAUUAAACGUUGCGUUUUUGA